CCGCCGGGACGGGAAACGAAAGCGAAAGGGGAGCGUCGGGGCAGCUAUGGCCGAGCAGCCGUCGGGCUCCUUCCCGCUGCUCCUGGGGGGCGACUGGGGCCCCGCCGAGCCGCCGCCUGCCCUCAGGAAGAAGCUGCUCUGCUACUUCCAGAGCCAGAAGCGCUCGGGCGGCGGCGAGUGCGAGCUGCGGGCCGGCCCCAGCCCCGGGCACCUCCUCAUCUGCUUCAGCCGGCCGGAGGUGAGGCAGCGGGUGCUCGAGCGGCAGUGCCAUGAGCUGGACUGGGAGCCGAGAGGGCGGCUGUCGCUGCUCGUCACCGAGCUGUCGGCGGGGGCCGGCGGCCCCGCGGAGGAGGCGGGCCGGGCCGCCGGGGCCGAGGCGCCAGUUAAUGAAUCUCAAGUACCUCUUUCCAGUUGCCAGAAUAGAGAGACUUCUAUGUGCACUGGUAAGACAGAUGCCCAGGAAGUUGUGCAAAAGAAGCAUCACUCAGUGAAGAAAACUACUGAGUCUGUGAAGCCCUUGCAAGCAGAGACUCGCAAGGAGGAGCUGUGCCGGGGGGAGGACUCUCAAGGAUCCCCACCUUGCACUUCAGUUGUGCUUCAAAACGUGCAGGAGACAAUGAAAGACUGCAUGUUAAUUCUGCUGGUGGAGAAUAUCAGUGGCUUGUCAGCAGAUGAUGGUGACUUCACCGUGGAAAUAAUACCCGAGAUACGUUCUGCUGUAGUUACUUUCACUGGAAAUAUCGUUGCAGAGGAGUUUGCUGAAAAGCUUAAUCAAAACCACAGAGCAAGGCAACAAAGUAUUACAGCAUGGUGCCUGGAGCCAACAAAAAGUAUUAGGGCAGAAAAUAUACCACCCAACACAUCCAAUGACUUUAUAACCUUCUACUUUGAAAAUAAGAAGAAUGGAAAUGCUCAGGUGGUGGAUGUUCAGCAGCUGCCCAAUGAAGAUGCAGCCAUCAUUACCUUCAGUAACCAUAAAGAUUUAACCAAUAUCUUGGCAAAGCAACAUACAUUGGACCAAACACCAAUCUCUGUCUAUCCUUACUACGUCUCGCUGGGAGUAGCUCUGUAUGGGAAGGAAGGGCCACAGAUAAAGAAGCCAGAUCCAGUUACAGUGGCUGUGGAUCCUUAUAUCUGGCAUUACUUAAAGAGAAGUAAUUGGCUGAUGGAGGCAAUAAAUUGUGAAAUGAUGAGCUGUAAUUGUGUGCUGAAGUGGCCUGAACCCCAGUGUUCAAACCCAAAAGUUACUUUGCAUCCUUCAGCUAAUUUGUCUGAGAAGAAGAGAUCGGUAUCUCGAUUGAUCAAGGGUUGGAAGGAGAACGUUUCCACUGCAUUUGCACAUAGCAUCUCGAAGUACAAAGCCAUUCCAUGUCAAGUGAGUGCAGAGGUGUGGGAGGCCAUAAAAAACAGCUUCACCCACGAUGAAGUGCUGAUAGUGCCAUGUAUGUCCAAGGAUUUAGUUGUUUUAGUGGGUGAAAAAGAAGUUGUGAAGAACGUUGAACAAGAACUGAAGGACCUAAUAGAAAAGGCCACCAGAGAAAUUGAAAGAGAAAAGCAAAGAACUCAAGAAAAGGUGGCAAUAACUCCAGGGGAGUAUGCAAUUUUACAGAGCACUGAUGUUGAAGGAAAAAUUAGUACAGAGUUCCCAGCCCUAAAGGUAACUUACAAUAAUUUGCAGAAGGUAGUUGAGCUGUGUGGGCUGCCCGAGGAAGUUUACAGAGUAAAAGGCGAGAUACUAGAUGGUGUCCGCAAGAUGGUCAAGAAAACACUUAAUAUCAACGUGUAUAUUUUCCAGUUUUUGGAGUAUGUUGAUAAUGAAACCCUGUCACAGAGCCUGUUUUUGUCAAAACAAAUCAGUGCCUUUUAUGAGCUUGGCACAGGAGCUAUUAUCUUAAAAGGGAGUACACCUGAAGAGCUCAUGAAAGCUGAAGAAGCAGUAAAGACGGGACUGGACUACAAAAGCAUUGCUUUGGAGGAUGAGUCAGUCCUGCAGAAGAAAGAAUGGGGUGUGCUCACCAAGCAAGUCUGCUCUAAUGGUACCAUAACAGUGACUCGGGCAGGGCGGCAGGUCAUUGUUGCUGGUUAUUCUCAAGCGGUAGCAAAAGCUUACGGGGAGCUUUCUAACUUUAUAAAUGAAAACACCCAGGUACAAAAGGUCAUCGAAGGGAAGCCCAUGGUGGUCGUGAUGUUUUUUGAGAAAGAGAAGGCCAACGUUUGGAGUGACUUGCAGAGUAAAGGUGUGAAAGUUGACUUCAGCACACAGAAUAAAAGUGGAGUUAUAACCCUGAGUGGGCCGAGGAGAGAAGUGCUGAAAGGAGUUGCCACAGUUGAGCAAGCUCUGUCUGCCUUGCAUUAUACACGGAUGGAAAUGAAAGAGCCAGGAGCCAAAUCCUGCUUCAAAGAGCGAGAACCCUUUUAUGCUGCCACUGCAAAACAAGAGUUUAAGUGUCUGGUCAGGCUGGAGGAAGAGCUGGAAGAACAGCUGGAAGAACGUAGUAACACAGCCAAACCCUGUCAGCAGGUGACCAUAGGUGGAAUUGUCGUAGCGGUGUAUAAAGGUAACUUGUGUAAUUACCCCACUGAUGUGGUGGUAAAUCCAUCUAAUGAAGAUUUGAAACACAUUGGUGGCCUUGCUGAAGCACUGCUGAAAGCAGCUGGCCCGGAGCUGCAAGAGGAGUGUGAUGAGCUGGUGAGGAAGAAGGGGAGUUUACAGCCUGGGUGUGCGGUUAUCACGGGCGCCGGGAAGCUCCCCUGCAAGAAUGUCGUUCAUGCUGUUGGGCCCAGGUGGAGGAAAGAAGCAGCAAAACAGUGUGAGGACUUGUUGAAAAAGGCAGUGAAGAAAAGUCUGCAGCUAGCUGAAGCAUUUAAUCACAGUUCCAUAGCUCUUCCUGCCAUAAGUGGGGGGAUAUUUGGCUUCCCGCUGGAGCUGUGUACAUAUUCAAUUGUGUCUUCCAUCAAGGAGACCUUGCAAAAAUCCAUGGGGGACAGCAGCUUGAAGGAGGUUCAUCUCGUGGGUAUUUCAGAGGAUAACAUUCAGGCUUUCAGCAAGGCACUGACAGAAGUGUUUUCAGAUUAUUCACCUUCCAGCAGAUCACUUCAGCAAAUCAGUCCAGCUCAUCAGCCUAGGAAAAGCAAAAUAUUCCAAAAUAACAAGCACUUCCCUUUGGUAACAACUGAGGAAGGCCUUGACAUCAUGCUGAGACAAGGAAGCAUUGAAGAUGCUACAACAGACAUUGUUGUCAUCACUGUCGCCGGAGAUCUCCAGCUCGGUAACGGGCCACUCGCUAAAGCUUUGCUGAGCAAGGCAGGGCCAAUGCUUCAGACAGGCUUAAAAGAAGCAGCCCAAGGCAAAACACCUACAGAAGGAUCUGUGCUGAGAACAAAGGGUUACAAUCUGGGUUGCAGCGUUGUGCUUCACGCCGUCCUACCCGCAUGGUCCCAGAAACGCCCGUGUUCAAAGGUCCUGGGCAACGUCAUCACAAGGUGCCUGGAGACUGCCAAGGAACUCUCCUCCAAGUCCAUCACUUUCCCAGCGAUUGGGACAGGGAAUUUAGGAUACCCAAAGUCUGUUGUUGCUAAGUUACUGUUUGACAAGGUGUUUGAAUUCAGUAGUAAAAACAGAGUAAAUUCUCUCGAGGAAGUUCACUUUCUGUUGCAUCCAAAAGACACAGCUAAUAUACAGGAAUUUUCCAAUGAAUUCGAGAACAGAUCAAGAAAUACUGUAGAUGCUAAAGCACAGAAAAGCUCUCCAAGCGAGGCCAGCCAAGCUGCAGCUUUCCCUGGUACCUCUUCAAGCUCAGCACAGACUGUACUCGAGAUGACGAUUGGCUCCAUCGUGUUCCAGGUGGCAGAAGGCGAUAUUACCAAAGAACAGGCAGAUCUCAUUGUAAACAUAACAAACCAAACCUUCAACCUCAAUAAAGGUGUCUCAAGUGCAAUUCUGAAGGGUGCUGGAAAAGCAGUUGAAGAUGAAUGUGCUCAACUAGGCUCCCAAGGUAACAAGAGCUAUAUCACCACCCAAGCUGGAAACCUGCCAUGCAAGAAAAUAAUUCAUUAUGUUGCCCAAAGUGAUAUUAAGGCAAUAGUCCACGGUGUGCUUCUGGAGUGUGAAUUACAGAAGUACACCUCUGUCACCUUCCCAGCUAUUGGAACAGGUGAGGCAGGCCGUGAUCCAGCUGAGGUAGCUGACAACAUGAUAGAUGCAGUUACUGAGUUUGCAAGAGGGGAUUACACCCCGUCUGUGAAAACUGUUAAAGUUGUCAUCUUUCAGCCACAUCUGCUGAAGGUGUUCCAUACAAGCAUGCAGAAAAGAGAAAGUCUUGGCAAAACAGCAGUUGAAAAAUUAAUUUCCAAGUUCACAUCACUGUGGAGCUCUGAGAAACCAAAGAGAAAAACCAAAGUCGUUCUGGAAAAGAAAAUCGAAGUGGCUGUUGUGCAGAUCUGUGGAGAAAACAAAAAGAAAGUGGAAGAAGCUGAACACUGGUUGAGAUCUGCAAUUUUAAAGGAACAGUUUGAAUCAGAAAUCACAGAUGAGUCUAUCUUGCAGUUUGGUGAAGCAGAGACUGAGGAGCUGCACGACCUGCAAGAGAAAUUAAAUAUUGUCCUUUCUUUGAAUGGUGACUCUAUUAGAAUUUCAGGUGUUGCCAAAGAUGUCUGGAAUGCAAACUCAAUCAUUAGAGAAAUGAUCCACAGGGUAAAAGCUGCUAAAGAGGAAAAGAUUAGAGCAGAACUCUUCCAAAACAUAGUUGAGUGGAAAUAUUUCGAAAGGGAUUCCUAUGUGCCCUUUGACAGCCUCACAAACAUGCGCCUGGAAAGCGCUUUAACGGGAAAUCAGAAGGAUAUUUCAGUGGUGAUUGGUGAGAGAAAGCACACAGUGAAUCUAGAAGGAAGGUAUGCUGUGGAUGACCAAGGCAAACGGAGAGACAUCAUACGUGUUGAUAAAGCCGAAGAUCAAGAGUCAACAGUGCUCCCCUCAACUUGGGAUGAUAUGCAAAACCAGCUACUCAAAAUAGUGACCCUAAAACCAGAAACAAAAGAAUACAGAGAUGUGCAGGAGAGGUUUAUGAAGACGAGUCGGUCUUUAAAAAUUGAAAAGAUUGAAAGGAUACAGAACCCCUAUUUUUGGAAGACCUACCAAAUCAAAAAGCGUGAAAUGGAUAACAAAAAUGGGGGCAGAAAUAACGAGAGGCUUCUGUUUCACGGGACGAGUAAGGAGUCAUCAGCCAUCAUUAACUACAAUGGGUUUAACCGGAGCUACGCUGGAAAGCACGCUGCAAACUAUGGCAACGGGACGUACUUUGCAGUUCACGCCGGCUACUCUGCCCAUGACACCUACUCCAGACCUGACGCGCAGGGGAAGAAGUAUAUGUACUUGGCUCGAGUGCUGGUUGGAGAAUAUGGUCAGGGGACAAAAGGAGACAUUACUCCAGCAGCAAAAAACCCUGCAGACUCUACAGAUCUGUUUGAUAGUUCAACUGAUGAUGUGAACCAGCCCAACAUGUUUGUCAUAUUUAAUGACAUCCAAGCUUACCCCGAGUACCUUAUCACUUUCACUAAUUAAGCAUUUCGAGUGCAGCCACAGGUGGAUGUCUUUCAGACAUGCUGUUGUGUAAGACACAGACAUAACCAAACACACAAACAGUAACUAGUUGUAUCAAGUUGUUUUCCUAAAGCUUGGUUACAUUUAAGCAAUCUCUGCCUGGUUUUGAUAGCACUGAACUCAACUGCUUGUUUACACUUACUUAACCCUUGAGCUCAGUAUUCUUCUGAAAACCACUGUUAAAUUACAGCUCAAGCCUUUAUGCUGUGUCAGCCUUUCCUUCCAGCCUGUACAGUUUUCUUAGUUGCACAAGGAAGUGCAGAAUACUGACAGUGUGCUGGAAGGGAUCUCCUUUAGGCCACUGACCACUCCAUGUCACAUUUCUGAUGGCUUCUUACACUCAGCAACUGACAGGCUGCAUCCUUUAAUUAUGUUACGGUGGUUUUCAAUAAACAAUCUAAUUGAAGCAAA